UAGGCCCGCCUUCAGGUGCUGGGCACAGACCCUACCGACUUCUUUCUCUCCUUCCUUCAGGUCGUGUGUGUCCCUCUGUGGAUUCUCAUGUCCUUUCUGUGCCUGGUGGUCCUCUAUUACAUCGUGUGGUCUGUCCUGUUCCUGCGUUCCAUGGAUGUGAUUGCAGAACAGCGAAGGACACACAUAACAAUGGCACUGAGCUGGAUGACCAUCGUCGUGCCUCUCCUUACUUUUGAGAUCCUGUUGGUUCACAAACUGGAUGGCCACAACGCAUUCUCUUGUAUCCCGAUAUUUGUCCCUCUUUGGCUUUCCUUGAUCACUCUGAUGGCAACCACAUUUGGACAGAAGGGAGGAAACCACUGGUGGUUUGGGAUUCGCAAGGAUUUCUGUCAGUUUCUGCUUGAAAUCUUCCCGUUUUUGAGAGAAUAUGGAAACAUUUCCUACGACCUCCAUCAUGAAGAUAAUGAGGAAACGGAAGAAACCCCAGUUCCAGAACCUCCUAAAAUUGCUCCAGUGUUUCGGAAGAAGACCAGGGUGGUUAUCACCCAGAGCCCUGGUAAAUACGUCCUCCCGCCUCCCAAAUUAAAUAUUGAAAUGCCAGAUUAGACACCACUCCCUGGAACGGAACGCAAGCGGACCAGGACGCACGCUGUCUUCUAGCCUCCUCUGCCUCUUUGUUUACCCCACCCGGAACUGGAGCUGGAGCUGGGGCUCCGGCAACUUGCAUCUCAUGCCUUGUUUGCACUCAAUGCCUACCAGUGACUCACCGUGACGGACGCACACGUGGCAGGGGACGGGCACGCGCAGUGUGGGCUGGGGGGUGGGUGUCAGCGGCCGUGGGCAUGAUGGAGGGAGCGUGCGCGACGAGGAGAGGGCGAUCCCCUCCUCCAGGCGGCUGCCUCGGGAGCUGGCUGGGCUCUGGUAGGGAUGGCUGAUUAGGCCAGAGAAGGAACUGGUUUUCAAAGUGCUACGAUUCCCAUCGGAAGUGUUCUUCGGAAACG